AUGUCGCCUCCCUCUACAUCUUCGACCCCCACAGCCUCUAGUCAUGUUCGCGGGAAAUCUCUGGGUACAACACUCAGUCCAGGCAGCAGCGACAUCAAGCAAGGCCAUGUGCGAAACGUGUCCAAGGGGGACACUCCGCAGUCCAAUACUUUCGCUCCCUCAUUCAUCAAGAGCGACGAGAUGAGACAGCGUCCCGAUGUUGUGGACGGCAUAGAAGGCGAAAACGACUUCUCGGGAAAGAGAUAUGUCUGGCUGAAGGACCCAAAAACGGCUUUUGUGAGGGGAUGGGUCGUGGAAGACCUUGGCGGCAACCGCAUAUUGGUCCAGUGUGACGAUGGAAGCCAACGCGAGGUCGACGCCGAGAGCGCUGACAAGGUCAAUCCUGCGAAGUUCGACAAGGCAAGCGACAUGGCCGAAUUGACCCAUCUGAAUGAGGCGUCCGUCGUGCACAACCUCCAUAUGAGAUACCAGUCUGACCUGAUCUAUACGUACUCCGGCUUGUUCCUGGUGACAGUCAACCCGUACUGCCCCAUUCCCAUUUACACCAACGAAUAUGUCAACAUGUACAAAGGCCGAAAUCGCGAGGACACGAAGCCACACAUCUUUGCUAUCGCAGAUGAGGCCUUUCGCAACCUUGUUGACGAAGGUGAAAAUCAAAGUGUUCUCGUCACCGGAGAAUCUGGUGCCGGAAAGACCGAGAACACCAAGAAGGUCAUUCAGUAUCUCGCCGCUGUAGCGCCUUCAGAGUCGUCUGCCAGGAGUCGAGGCCAGCAGUCCAAUCUCUCAGCGCAAAUCCUGCGCGCGAACCCUAUACUGGAAGCUUUCGGCAACGCCCAAACGGUGAGAAACAACAAUUCGUCCAGAUUUGGUAAAUUCAUCCGCAUAGAGUUCUCUCGGAACGGUAUGAUCGCAGGCGCUUUCAUCGACUGGUACCUUCUCGAAAAGUCUCGUGUGGUGCGGAUCAAUCCGAAUGAGCGGAACUACCACGUCUUUUAUCAACUGCUCAAGGGCGGCGACAGGCAAAUGAAGCAAGAAUUCCUGCUCGAUGGACUCGAUGUUGAUGAUUUUGCCUAUACUCGAGAGGGCCAAGACACCAUUGCUGGUGUCUCUGAUCGAGAGGAGUGGAACGCUCUGAUGGAAGCCUUCGAUGUGAUGGGCUUCUCGGAUAAGGAACAGAGCGCCGUUCUCCGGACAGUGGCCGCUGUCCUCCAUCUCGGAAACAUCACCGUCAUGAAUGAGAGUCGGACAACAGAUCAGGCUCGACUUGCGGCAGACGCCAAACAGGUAGCGGAACGUGUUUGCACGCUUUUGGGAAUUCCUUUGGAGCCUUUCCUCCAAGGUCUGCUUCAUCCCAAGGUGAAGGCCGGACGGGAAUGGGUUGAAAAGGUACAGACUCCUGAGCAAGUACGGCUCGGUCUCGAUGCCCUCUCGAAAGGUAUUUACGAACGAGGUUUCGGCGACCUUGUCACAAGAAUCAACCGACAGCUGGACAGAACGGGAAUGGGAAUGGACGAGUCUCACUUCAUUGGUGUUCUCGAUAUCGCAGGUUUCGAGAUUUUCGAGGAGAACAGCUUCGAGCAGCUUUGCAUCAAUUACACGAACGAGAAGCUGCAGCAAUUCUUCAACCACCACAUGUUCGUUCUUGAGCAAGAAGAAUAUGCUCGCGAGCAGAUCGAAUGGCAAUUCAUUGAUUUCGGCCGCGACUUGCAGCCGACCAUCGACCUGAUCGAGCUACCAAACCCAAUCGGCAUUUUCUCGUGCCUCGACGAAGACUGCGUGAUGCCAAAGGCGACAGACAAAACAUUCACAGAGAAAUUGCACUCGUUAUGGGACAAGAAGUCCAACAAGUACAAGACAUCCAGACUUCGAAAUGGAUUCGUACUCACACAUUACGCAGCCGAAGUGGAAUACUCUACAGAAGGCUGGCUGGAGAAGAACAAGGAUCCGUUGAAUGACAACAUCACCCGUUUGCUGGCGGCUUCAUCAGACAAGCAUGUCGCAACACUAUUUGCCGAUUGCGCGGACAAUGACGAUGAGACAGUGAGCGUUAAAAGCAGGGUGAAAAAGGGUCUAUUCCGCACUGUCGCUCAGAGGCACAAAGAGCAGUUGUCAAGCUUGAUGGCUCAACUACACUCGACCCAUCCUCACUUCGUCCGUUGCAUUCUUCCGAACCAUAAGAAACGGCCGAAGCAAUUCAACAAUCUGCUUGUCUUGGACCAGCUCAGAUGCAAUGGUGUCUUGGAAGGUAUCCGGAUAGCUCGCACUGGCUUUCCCAAUCGGCUUCCCUUCGCCGAAUUCCGUGCGCGUUAUGAGGUUCUGUGCCGUGACAUGCCAAAGGGCUACCUAGAGGGCCAGGCAGCUGCCGCGAUGAUGCUCGACAAGCUCAAGAUGGACAAAGCUCUGUACCGAGUCGGGUUGACCAAAGUCUUCUUUAGAGCUGGCGUGCUUGCGGAACUUGAAGAGCGGCGUGAUGCGCUCAUCUCAGAGAUCAUGGCACGCUUCCAGUCCGUCGCCCGUGGCUUUACAGCACGGAGACUCGCCUACAAACGCCUGUACCGCACCGAGGCGACGAGAGUCAUUCAGCAAAAUUUCAGAGCCUAUCUUGACCUUUGCCAAAACCCGUGGUGGCAGCUCAUUGUGAAAAUGAAGCCUUUGCUUGGUGCAACUCGGACUGCAACUGAAGUCAAGAAGAGGGAUGAAAUGAUCCGUCAGCUGCAUGAUCAAAUGCAGCAAGAGUCAGCCAACCGCCAGAAACUCGAGGAGGACCGACGAAAUGUCCACACAGAAAUGAUGCGCGUCCAGCAGACGCUAGAGAGUGAGCGUGCUUUAGCAUUGGACAAAGAAGAGAUUUUCAAGCGUCUGCAGCAAAGGGAGGCUGAGUUGGAGGACAAGCUCGCUGGGGCCAUUGAGGACGCUGAAAAGCUCGAAGAUGAGCUCGAUGAUCUCCUUGAAGCAAAGAAGAGAGCCGAGGAAGAUGUCGAGAAGUUCCGUGGCCAGCUAGAACAGGCUGCCGCCUUGAUUGGACGACUGGAGGAAGAGAAGACUGAGCUCGCCGGGCGCGUAUCAGAUCUCGAGAGGGCAAUCGAGGAUAUUUCUAGCAGCCAACAUGAGCGAACCGAGCAGGAAGCAGCGAUGGAGGAAGAGAUUCAAAUGCUCCAAAGCCAGCUCGCGCUGAAGGAUAGAAAAGCACGCGACCUAGAGGGCAAGCUCCUAGAGAUUGACCAAGAUGCAGAGGUGAAGCUUCACAGGGCUGAAAAGGAGCUACAGUCUUACAGGGCCAGACAGCAGCAACUCAUGGCCGAGAAUCGGGACGCUCAGCAACAGCUCUCGGCGCUCUCCAAAACAUCCACGGAUUAUGAGGAUCUAGUGCGCAAGAAAGAGAGUGAGCUGGCUCUGCUCCGUGGAGAUAACAAGAAAUACGAGAUGGAGAGAAGGACAUUCGAGGACCAGCGCAAAACGCUUGCUGCAGAGAAAGAUAAGGCAUCCACUCGGCUACGGGAGGUACAAGCUCAACUGGAUGCUCUCAAGGCUCAGCAGUCGCAGAUUCAGAGAGAAGCCGAAGAUGCAAAGAAGCUUUUGCAAGCCCGACUGUCUGAGGAUAGCCAAGCAGACCAGAACCGCCAAGUGUUGGAAUCUCAGAUCAAAGACCUCAAGGAUGAGCUCUAUGAGGCUCAAAUGGAACUUAGUAGGGAGCGGCAGUCCCGUGACGACGUCCUUCUGCUUAGCGAGCACAAGUACGACGAGCUUCAAGAAGAGUACGAUCAGCUCAAUGAAGCGAAAAUUGUUAUCGAAAAGGAGUUGUACGCGGCGCAGGAUACUUUGAGACGCGCCAUCGAUGCUCGGGCCACGGCUGAGAAGGAACGUGAUGACGCUCGGCAAGAGAUUCGAAAACUCAGAGCUGCCUACAGUCAAGCGGAGGAAGCGCGGCGGGAGGCCGAGGUUGCUGGCGAACGCGCUGCCUCCAAGCUCGCUCGAGAACGAGAGGACAGCUUGCUAAAGGACCUGGAUGCUGCGCAAGAUCGGCUGAAGUGGUUCGAGGACGAGUGUGCCAAGUUAAAUCAUCAGGUCGAGGACCUCAAUAAGUUGAUCCUGUCCUCCGGAGAAUUUGGCUUGAAGAAUGAUCAAGCCAAGGAGCGGAUGGAGAGAGAGCUCCAGACCGUGAAGAGUCGUCUCACAGCGUCUGAGAACGAUAAUCGCGCGCUUCUGAACAAGCUUCAACAAAAGGGCCUUGAAAUUGCUCGGUCCAGUUCGAGGGCAAGCGAAGCUACCCGCGGGCAAGUCAACGUUCUGCAGCGUGAGAAGGUCAGACUGGAGGAACUGAACGCCAAACUCAACAAGCAGCUGGGAGAGUCUCAAGUGAACGCCGCAGCUCUGGAAAAGAAACUUGAGAAAGCUCAGCUCAAUCUGGAGGAUCUUAACCACCAGUUCCAACGCGAGGUCAAAUCGAAUCGCAACGCUGAGAAAUCCACAUCAAACUUCAACGUCCAACUGGCAGAGGCUAAUCGGAGCAUCGAAUCCGAAAGACAACUGCGAACUCAGGCUCAGGGCACCGUUCGGACACUACAAGCAACUAUCGAUUCUCGCGACAAGGAGUUGCAUGAGCUCCGCUCCCAAAUGCUGCGAGCUUUGAAAGUCGUUGAUCCGGAGUCUGCGCCUCCAGCUCAGGUGGAUGGCACCACUGAGCGUGUCUUCAGUGAGAAAUACGAUCUGGUCAGGAAGAUUGAAGAGCUUCAACAGAAACUCAGAGUGCAGACAGCGGCAAGAUCUGGCGCGGAGGCUCAGCUGGCCGAGUUCAGGGCCGGACGAGCCUCGCCUGAGAGGCCACGCCUCGGGGAAAUUGAUCUGAAUGAGGCGCCUUUCGAUAUGUCGCCUUCUUAUCGAAAGUCGAAGGUCAACGGACGCAGGGUGUCAAACUCAUCCACGCCGUCUCGGCGUUUCACCAAUGAUGGCGAGCCUGGCAGCGACUCUGUUCGUUCUGAGAAGACUGCGGACAUCUUGAGCUUCAACAACCGCAUGGACCUCAAGGCUGAGAUAGAAGAGCUUCAAAAUCAGCUGCAGAUCACUCAGAUGCAGAACCGUCAUCUCCAAAGCCAACUCGAGCGCUCAACGACAGGCCUUCCUGAUUAUGAUGGGGAAACUUCAUCACUUCAGCGAGUCAAGAAGCUGGAGCAAGCCAACGGUCGUCUUCACAGUCUACUUGACGAUUCCUCCAAAAAGGUGUCAGCAUUGGAGAAGGCUCUUCGUACUGGUGAACUGUCUCUUCGCGACAUCCAGACGAGAUCACACGAGGAAAUCCUGGAUCUGCUUAACAACACGGAAGAGUCUAGACGGUCGCUACUGCACAGCCAUAGGGACGCGGUUGCAGAGCUGACAGACAUCAAGGUGCACUAUGACAAGCUCAGGCAUGACCGCGCCACGAUCGAAGUCGAUUUGCGUGAUGCCAGGGGUGACCUGCAAGAGAUGACACAAGCACGCGAACAGGAGGCAGCGAGUCGUAAUCAGCUCCUACAGGAGUUCUCUGAUCUCCAGAUAAGGCUGGAUGCAGAAACAUCCAAACUUGCUGAUGUGACAGCCAGCCUGAACCUGUACAAGAGCCGCGCGGACGAAUACUUCAGCAAACUGGAACAGGCCGAGAUUGCGGUUCUAAAGGCAAAUCGAGCUGAGCAGUUCGCAAAGUCGCAGGCUAAAGAGGCCGAAGAUACCUAUGCCGAGGUCAUGGCAGAGCGCAAGAAAAUGGAUCAGGCCGUUGAGGAUUUACAGCGUCAAAACCAACGGCUUGAGGAGAAGGUCGAGGACAUGUCAACAGACCUGGAGGCAGCGACGCAGGCGAAGAAGAGACUGCAACAUGAGCUUGAGGACUACCGGAAUCAACGUGCUAAUGACAUCGAGGAUACCGAGUCGAGCUUGGAGCAGACCCGCAAGAAGUAUCAAGCCGAGUUCGCCACACUCACCAAAGAGCUUGACCUGGCUCGGGAGGAGAAGCUCUUUAAGCAGGCAGAAAUCACUCGCCUGCGCGAGGAGCUGGACGAGCUUCGAUCCAAGUGGGACGACGAGGUCCUCAACAGCUCAACCUGGUCCAAGGAGAAAUCGCGGCUUGAAGCCACCCUCGCAGACGUCUCCGCCUCGCGUGAAGAGGCAGUCAAUGCGCACAACGAAGCACAGGGUAAGAUUGUCAACUUGCUUUCUCAGGUGCGGUCGCUGCGGUCGUCAGUUGACGAGGUCACUGGUGAAAGAGACGCACUGUUCCGGGAGAAGCGAAGCAUCGAAGCAAGACUGGAGGAGGCCAAGGCCGGUCUCGAGGAGCUUGCCAAGGGUGAGAGCCCGUCGCUUCGAGACGCAGCCAGCAUUGACAAGGAGAUUCUUGAGCUCAAGUCAAAUCUUGCGCAGCAGGAGGAUCUUGCCGCGGCAGCGGUGGAGAAGAUGCGCCGAGCCGAGGCCCUGGCGUCUGAAGUGCAGAAGGAUAUUGUGGUUGAGCGGGAAACAAGCGUGCAGCUGUCCAAGGACAAGGCAGCACUUGAGAAGACACUCAACGAGGUCCAGCUUGAAAACCAGCUUGAACAGCAGGAGGACAGCCGUGCCAAGUCGCAGCGCUCCAACCGCAAUGUGGAUCGCACGGUCAAGGACCUUCAGAGUCAAAUCGAGCGUAAGGACAAGCAGAACACACAGAUGCAGGAGGACCUAGGCCGCAUGCGCGACAGGAUCGACAAGCUCCUCAAGACAAUCGACGAGCUGCAGUCGUCGGAGUCGUCCAACCAGCUUCAAGCACGACGGGCGGAACGGGAACUGCGCAGCGAACAAGAGAAGGCGGCCAGGCUGGAGCGAGAGCUCGAGAGCUGGAAGAUCCUCCGAUCAGAGAAAGGGUCAGUAUUGGGCAGCGUAGCCGGCAGCAUCAUGAGUGGGCGCGGCGGCAUGACGAGAUCAGGGACGUUGGCGACAAUGAGGAGCUCAGGGCUGGCGAGCGUGGCGGACGAGGACGAGGACGCGGAAAGCCAUGUGACGAUUCCCAAGAGGAAGAGCAGCAUUAGUCGUGUGCCAAGCCUGACGAAGGGAUUCUUGUAG